AAUCCCAAGUACAUACAAAAGACAAAUCACUUUUGCUAACCUGCGCCCACUAGACACACACACAAACAUAUUUGUGUGUAUAUCUCUACUGGUAAAUAGCUGUCAAGAUUAGGAGGAGUGAGCUGAGAACCAUCAAAACGACAGUGUAGUUGUCGUUUUGAUCCCCCUUGUUUUAGUGUGAGUUGGAACCCUAGCUUUGAGUGAAGUUUAUUAAUGUACAGGAAGAUGUUUGGGUUUUCAAGGAGAAGAAUGAAGAUUGGGAGAUUGAAAGUUCAGCUUUCGGAUUCGGCUCAGGGGACACCCAUAAGACACCCUAAACGCAUGAGCAACUCUAAUUCUAAUAGUGAAAGUAGUGCAGCUGCAACAAAUAAUCCUGAUGAGACUAACUGCCAGCCUUUAUCUGCGGCUCCUGAACUUAGUAGUUGCACUUCAGGGAACAGUGAGAAUUGGAUGGUGUUAUCAACUUCUGGGGACAAGCCUGCACCACGUCUAAAUCAUGCUGCAGCUGUUAUUGGGAACAAGAUGGUGGUGGUUGGUGGGGAAUCUGGACAUGGAUUGUUAGAGGAUGUUCAGGUUUUUAACUUCGACAGAUUUUCAUGGACCACUGCUUCAUCAAAGUUAUACCUUUCUCCAACUAGUCUACCGCUGAAGAUACCUGCAUGCAAGGGUCAUAGUUUGGUGUCUUGGGGGAAGAAGGCGCUGAUGGUUGGUGGAAAAACUGAUCCAGCAAGUGAUCGAAUUUCAGUGUGGGCAUUUGACACAGAAACAGAAUGCUGGUCACUUAUGGAAGCCAAGGGAGAUAUUCCGGCAGCUCGCAGUGGUCACACAGUAGUUAGGGCUAGCUCUGUUUUGAUUCUUUUUGGCGGUGAAGAUGCUAAACGUAGGAAACUAAAUGAUCUACAUAUGUUUGAUUUGAAGUCUUUGACAUGGCUUCCCCUCCAAAGCAAAGGGACUAUACCGUGCCCAAGAUCCAAUCACGUUGCAGCUCUUCAUGAAGAUAAAACACUUCUAAUUUUUGGCGGAGCAACAAAGUCUAGAACGCUAAAUGAUCUGUUCUCGCUUGACUUUGAGACGAUGAUAUGGUCAAGAAUUAAAAUACGAACUUUCCAUCCAUCACCUAGGGCUGGUUGUUGUGGUGUUCUGUUUGGAACAAAAUGGUACAUUGCUGGUGGUGGCAGCCGUAAAAAACGGCAUGCAGAGACUCUAGUAUUUGAUGUCUUGAAACAAGAGUGGUCUGUUGCUGUUGCAUCGCAGCAAUCUUCUAUCACCAGCAACAAGGGAUUUAGCCUUGUGCUUGUUCAGAACAAGGAAAGAGGAGACUUCCUUGUUGCAUUUGGGGGAUCCAAAAAGGAACCAUCUGAUCAGGUUGAAGUGCUGACCAUUGAAAGAAAUGAAUCAGUUGCAGGGAGGCGCUUGGCUCCUACUAAACCUAAAGUGCCAUUGACACAUGAUAAUCGCUCAUCAGUAGGUCCAGCUACACUAGGAAGCAAUAAUUUACAUGCUCCACUAGAUUCUGUUGGGAGACAAAACAUAGCAUCUGCAAUUGACCAACAUGGUUCAGGGAGAAGGUCUUUGUCGGAGUCCUUGCUCUCUCAUCCAAAUCCUGGCAAUGUGUCUCUCCGAAAGCAACUUCAUAAUGAGGACGAGAGAUUGGUCAUGAAGAUAACACAGAACUGGGAAGAUGAAACUUCACAGGUGAUUGAGCACACAAGGAAACAAUCAGAAGCCGGUAUUCAGGCAAACUCUGGUGGCGGUAAAAUCAGUUGGGAAGAGACGUCGUCAAUAUCCGAGCCUGAAAACUUGGACACGCUUGUUAAAAAUGUAAACGUGAGCCUUUUGUCCGAUAGUAUUAACGUAGUUGAAGUCCAAGAAUCUGAAGGCAAAUCAGGCCAAUUUCCAGCUCAACCAAGUGCAUAUCAGGUGUAUGAAGCUAAACUGGCUGCCUUGUCUAAAAAGAACGGAAUUCUGGAAGGACAAUUGGCUGUUGCAUCAGGUAGCCGGGAAGCUGCUGAGAAGAACUUGUCUAAUGUUCUGAGAAGCAAACAGGAAAUGGAAAGAAAAUUAGCCGAAACAAUAAAGGAGAAUGAAAUGCUAAGAGAAAAGCUGACCACAAUAGAAUUGUCACAAGAAGAGGCCAACAGCCUAUCAAAUAUUGUCCACUCUGACAAUGUAAGGCUUGAGCAUGACGUAGCUUUUCUCAAGGCGGUGCUGGAUGAUACUCAGAAGGAGCUUCAUUCGACUAGAGGAGUCCUUGCUGGGGAAAGAGCAAGAGCAUUUCAACUGCAGGUAGAAGUUUUUCAUCUCAAGCAAAGAUUGCAGUCACUGGAGAAUCGAGCACCAACUCCCAGAAAACCAUUCCAUGUCUAGGACUUGCAGUAUCGAUUACAGUAAUUGACAUAGUUGCUGGAGCUAAUUUCUUGGGAUCUAGAGUAUCUCGUGAACUUGUAAAUUGUAAAUUAGAGAAACUCAUCCCAUUAUGUAUAUUCGAGACAGAAUUGCAAAUCUCAAAUGUGUCAUCCCCGGAAUGCUUUUGAUACUUCUAGUUAUCAAAUUAUUUGGUUGACGAGUAAA